UCGGUUGAUGAAAACAAGGUGAAAUGUAAGAAUAUAAGACGGUAAUCGAGCGCUACAAGCGGUAGAAGUGAUUCGUAUUGUUGAUAAAUUUCAUUUACUUUGUUUUGUUUGUCUGACUAAUUUGACAGAAAAAGUAUAAUCAUCGUUCUGUGUUUUGUUAGUGCGUAUCUGACAAUAAAAAUUCUUCCACAAAAUGUUAAGUAAAACAGUUAAUAUGACAUACUAUCGAUUCAUAGUCUGAUUGGUUAAGCCAGUGUUCAAUGCAAGUAUGGCCGCCCUGCCAUCACCCACGCAGGUGGACCCAAAUGGAUAUGGACGAAUUGGUGCGAUGGAAGCUGCGAGAUUCCUUAAGAAAUCCCAGCUGAGUGAUGUUGUAUUAAGUAAGAUAUGGGAUAUGGCAGAUCCACAAUCUCGUGGAUCAUUAGACAAGUCUGGUCUUUUUGUUGCUCUGAAACUUUGUGCAUUGGCCCAAGCAGGAAGAGACCUUAGUAUGUCAAAUUUAAAUAUAGAAUUGCCACCUCCAAAAAUGGGUGAUAUUCCUGUAAUACCACAGAAAAAUAUAGUAAAUACUGUACCAGUAAUAACAUCUGUUAGUAAUGGAGACUGGUCUAUUAAACCUUCAGAAAGAGCCAAAUAUGACCAACUUUUUGAUAGUUUGCAACCUUCGAAUGGAUAUAUACCUGGGAAUAAAGUAAAAGAUGUUCUUAUGGAUAGUAAACUUCCUUUGGAUACACUUGGAAAGAUUUGGGAUCUUGCAGAUAUGGAUAAAGAUGGUAUGCUGGAUAGACAUGAAUUUGUUGUUGCUGUGCAUUUAGUAUAUAAAGCUUUAGAGAAAUAUGCUAUACCAAGUGUACUUCCACCAGAGUUAAUGCCACCAGGAAAAAGGAAAGAUUCUAUAACACCAGUACCAAAAUCUCCUGCACCAAUGAGUGUAAUUACAACAGUACCACCACCUAUUCCACCUUUACCUAAUGUACCUUCAGUAAAGAGUAUGGCUGGUUUGGAUACGAUAAAGGAGUCUUUGUGACACAUGUCAAAGUGGGAAAUUAAAUAAAGAACAAUUUGCUUUAGCCAUGUGGCUUAUUAAACAAAAAUUGAGAGGUGUUGAACCACCUGCAACUUUGAGUUCUGAUAUGAUACCACCUUCUAUGCGAAAACCAUCUGAGUCUGUUGUGGAGAACAAUAAUGUUUCUGGUUAUUCAAACCCAGAAUUGGACAUGAUAAGUAAAGAUAUAGCAGAACUUGUAAAAGAAAGGCAAAGUAUGGAACAAGAUAUAGCACAAAAGGAAGCUGAUAUCAAGAUAAAAAAUGGUGAAAUUAAAAGUUUGCAGAGUGAAUUGGAUACACUUGCUGCUACAUUAAAGCAAUUAGAAAAUCAGAAAGGUGAAGCACAAAAGCGAUUGAAUGAUUUAAAAGCUCAGGUAGAUAAAUUGCGUCAACAAGCAGAAGAGCAGGAAUCAGUAUUGCGUGCUCAAGAAGAAGAAUUGAAUUUUAAACGACAAGAAUUAGAAGGCUUGAAACAAGAAGAACAGCAACUGGAACAGCAACAAAAUAAAAGCAGGGACCAAUUAAAUGAACUUACGAAAAAUUUACAGGACACUCAAUUGCAAAUUUGUCAAGCGAAAGCAAAGAUCACUCAUUUACAAGAACAACAACGGCAAAUGAGUGAUGCAAUUGCGCUUUAUGACUCUGCACUUGCAGCUGGGGAUGCCACUCUUGUACCUGAUACUAGUCUGCAAUUUAAUCCUGAAAUUGAAAAUUUAGAAUAUGAAAAAACAACUGAAGAAGAUAAGAACAAGAAAAACGUUUCAUUUACUAAUGCAAAUGGAACAACAUUGGACGGGUUUGAACAAGAUCCUUUUGCAGAACCAUUUAAUAAUGCAUCAACACCAGACCCAUUUGGAAGUACAUUUUCAUCUCCAAGUACUACUGCGACAAAAGAUCCAUUUGGAGAUGAUCCAUUUGCAAAUCUUCAUGCACCUCCUCGUCCAGAAAGUCCUAGUCCUGCUCUUCCUCCUAAAAAAGCGAAACAACCACCACCACGACCAGCACCUCCACGACCGGCUCAAGGACCUACUGGUCCCCUACGAGCAGCACCAGCACCGCCUACACCUUCUCCUACACCUGAUCCAUUUGCAAAUGCUUUCUCUGCUCAACAGGGAAUUAUGGACAACAAUAAUAGCAAUAAUUUUAAUACGUCUACUGGAUUUGCAGAUUUUAGUAAUUUUGAUUCCAAGCCGGAACCAACACUGAAUCGAACGGCACCACCCAGACCAACCAGCAGAACGCAUACAGUAUCAACGGUAACUCCAAAGCUGCCGGACUUUACGGAAGAUCCCUUCAGAGACUAUCGUUAUGAAGAUCCCUUUAACAUACCGGAUCCUUUCGCCGAUGAUGCAGAAGAUCAUAAUGCGAAUAAGAGUGGAACAACGGCUGGCAAUAUGGAUCCAUUUAGUUACGGAACAAGCUCGGUACUUUCACGUAAAAAUUCAUUCACGAAAAGCUUCGACACUGAUUUCUCAAAUACAUUUUCUCUGACUAAAAACAAAGUUGAGAAGGACAAUGCUAAAUUCGAUGCCGAUUUUGUAAAAGCAUUUUCCGACGACAACAGAAAUAUAAAAACUAUCGACUCCGAUGCGUUUUCGAACAUCAAGGUAAAAACGACCGAUAUAGAUGAAGCAUUUUCCACUAAAACUGAAAAAUCUGCCAGGAGACACGGACAAGAUUUAGCACACAAUAGAUCUAAAACUAGUUUUAACGAUAAAAAAUCGAAAAAUGAAAUGGGCAGAAUUUGGAACGGCAAUAACACACCUCUCUCGUUAAGCGAGGAAGAGCAAUUUGUUUGGGCAUCUCAACAAAGUUUAAAAACCGAGGAGGAAAGGCGUAGACGUAAACAGCAAGAAGAGGCGGAAUUAGCUUUAGCCCUUGAACUAAGUAAGCAAGAAAAAUCUGGAAAAUUAUAAAUUUUACGUCGGUAAAAAAAGCACCUUUUGUUUGAUUUAUUUGAUUGAAUUGAAACACACAUAUAUAUAUAUACAUAUAUA